AGAGGAGUGAGGUUCCGUACAAUAUACAAUUGCAUGCAAGAAGAAAAAAGAAAAAGAAAAACAAUAAACCCAUAAUCAUAUAAGCCAAAAAUACAAGUGUUUUUUUUUUUUUUUUUCCAAAAAAAAAAAAAGAUGGCGAGCAAAAGAAAUAUCUUGUUAUUUGCCGUGCUCGCUUUACUUGUGGCUAAUGCAUAUGGGAAAGGAAAGAAGAAACAGCCGGUCGUGGCUUACGAUAAUCGCUCUAUUAUAAUUAACGGAACCAGACAAUUACUUUUCUCCGGUUCCAUUCAUUACCCUCGUAGCACCCCCGAGAUGUGGCCUGAACUAAUUCGAAAGGCGAAAGAAGGUGGCCUUAACCUAAUCCAAACAUAUGUUUUUUGGAAUAUUCAUGAGCCUGUUCAAGGACAAUACAAUUUUGAAGGAAACAAUGAUUUGGUGAAAUUCAUAAAAAUGAUAUGGGAGCAAGGUCUGUGGGUAACCCUAAGGGUUGGACCCUAUAUUGAGGCUGAAUGGAAUAUGGGAGGUUUCCCAUACUGGCUAAGAGAGGUCCAUAACAUCACAUUCCGUUCUCACAAUGAACCUUUCAUGUUCCACAUGAAAAAGUACACAGAAAUGGUCAUUAAUUUGAUGAAAAAGGAGAAACUCUUUGCAGAUCAAGGAGGCCCCAUUAUCAUGGCACAGAUCGAAAACGAGUAUAACAACGUACAAGCAGCGUAUAGAGAAGCCGGAAAACAUUACGUGAAGUGGGCGGCGGAUAUGGCCGUCGGUCUAUACAGCGGCAUCCCGUGGGUCAUGUGCAAGCAGAAAGAUGCUCCUCAGACAGUAAUUAGUACAUGCAAUGGAAGACAAUGUGGUGACACUUUUCCUGGUCCAAAUGGCCCUAAUAAACCUUCUCUAUGGACUGAGAAUUGGACUGCUCAGUAUAGAGUAUUCGGUGAUUCGCCGUCGCAGCGUCCAGCUGAAGAUUUAGCAUUUUCUGUUGCUAGAUUCUUUACAAGAAAUGGAACCCUCAACAACUAUUACAUGUACCAUGGUGGAACAAAUUUUGGUAGAACAAGUUCAUCCUUUGUCACAACUCGUUACUAUGAUGAAGCACCCCUUGAUGAAUUUGGUUUGAAGAGGGAACCUAAAUUCGGACAUUUGAGAGACCUACACAGGGCUUUAAGAUUGAGCAAAAAGCCUUUACUUUGGGGCACCCAAAACGUGCAGAAAAUAAGCAAGGAUUUAGAGAUCACAACAUACGAGAAGCCCGGAACGAAAAUAUGCGUAGCGUUUCUAACAAACAACAACACGAAGGAACCUGGAACCAUCCAAUUCCGAGGGGUCGAUUACUACAUGCCACCGAAAUCGAUCAGCAUUUUACCCGAUUGCAAGACAGUAGUUUACAACACUCAAAGAGUCGUCGCGCAACAUAGUUCUAGAAACUUCGUCGCCUCGAAGAAAGCGAAGAUCCACAAAUGGGAGAUGUACAAAGAAAAUAUUCCUACAUUUAAUGAUUUGGGUGUUAAGAGCAAAUCUCCUAAGGAAUUGUAUAGGUUAACAAGAGAUACCUCAGAUUAUGCUUGGUACAGCACCAGAAUCAAUAUGGAAAAGCAAGACUUGCCGAUGCGCGCCGAUAUUCUUCCGGUUCUUCAGAUUGCAAGUCUUGGCCAUGGUUUGAUGGCAUUUGUCAACGGCGAAUAUAUAGGUUUCGAGCACGGUAGUAACAUCGAAAAGAGCCUUGUGUUCAAAAAGCCAGUCAAUUUGAAGCCCGGAGUUAACGACAUCUCAUUGUUGGCAAUGACAGUCGGUUUUCCGAAUAGUGGAGCUUACAUGGAGAGAAGAUUUGCCGGUCCAAGAGCAAUCUCACUUGAAGGUUUAAUGUCUGGAAAUCUUGACAUUACCAAAAACCAUUGGAGCCAAGAGGUUGGCGUAAACGGCGAAAAGACGGAAUUGUACACGGAAGAAGGGUCGAAGAAAGUGAAAUGGGUGCCAUCAAAUGGGAAACCAAGCGCUGUUACUUGGUAUAAGGCGUAUUUUAAUGCACCGGAAGGAAACGAUCCCGUUGCGAUAAGAAUGACGAGCAUGGCUAAAGGGAUGAUAUGGAUAAAUGGCAAUAAUAUUGGUAGAUAUUGGGUUUCUUAUCUUUCACCCCUUGGAAAGCCUACUCAAGAAGAGUACCAUAUCCCAAGAUCAUUCUUGAAGGCGAAACGCAACCUGGUGGUGGUGUUCGAGGAGACAGGUGGCGUACCUGAGAAGAUCGAAGUCGUGAUUGUGAACCGAGACACGAUUUGCAGCGUGAUUAGCGAGUUUCACCCGCCUCACAUUAAGACGUGGGAGAGAAAAGACAACGUGUUUCGCGCCAUCGUUGACCCGGUCAAGUCAGCGCAACUCUCGUGCUCCGACAACAAAGUCAUCGCCAACGUUGACUUUGUCAGUUUCGGAGAUGUCGAGGGUGCCUGCGGCGCCUUCUCGCCUGGCAAAUGCGACUCCCCUAAAGCCCGUAAACUUGUCGAAAAGAUGUGCAUGGGUAAGAACACGUGCACGGUGCCAUUUGAGAGAGAAGUUCUAGUCGACGCGGGCAAUGAUUCUUGCCCUGACGUGGCGAAGACACUCGCUAUUCAAGUUGCAUGUGCCCAUCCAAAGUGAAGAUGAUUCAAGUUUCACUUCAUUAUAAUGUUGUUUCUUUUUUCAUUUUUUAUUUUUCUUUUUAUUUCAUAUUCAUACAAUUGAGCGGCGUUUUGCAUCUGAUCGGUUUAAUUUUGUUCGACUGUACGCACUUUAGAAUUUCUUGCAAGUUCUAUUGAAUAAAAAAUAAAAUUAGAG